AUGUCUGAGACAGGGGCCCACAGUUUCACCAUUAACAUUGAUAAGAUCCUUAAGAGCUCGUCUCUUACACCUUCAGAACCCUCAAUGUUUAGAGUUGGUGAUCAUUUACGAAGCAUAAAUCCAGAGGCUUACGAUCCAGAAAUAAUAGCCUUUGGCCCAUUUCACCGAGUGCCAAGGGAAGAUCUUCCUGAAAUACUCCUUGUCAAUGCUCUCCAUCUUGUUGGCAUUGUACAUGACAUCCAGUGUUCUUCCUUUGCAACGGUAGUAUCUCCGAUGGAUGCUGGAAAUCCAUGUAAAGUGGCUAAUAUAAAUUCAGUUGUAGAGCUCAAAGAGGUAGGGAUUUCCAUCCAAAAGUCAGCAUAUCAUAGUUUGCUUCGUAUUGAAUUCGAAAAUAAAGCUAUGAAGAUUGCAGAAUGA